UGAAAUAAAUCGUCUGCUGAUCCAGAGUGCUUCACACCGUCAGAAUGGUCUUAAACGCGAGGCUUCUUCGUACUGUAUUUGUCGGACAACAUUUGAGGUUUUUUGCAAACAUGCCAAACCCAAAAGUGUUCUUCGACAUAAAGAUCGGCAAGUCACCCGCUGGAAGGAUAUGCAUGGAGUUGUUUGCCGACACAACACCAAAGACAGCAGAAAACUUUCGUGCAUUGUGCACAGGAGAGAAGGGAUUUGGUUUUAAAGGAAGCAAGUUUCAUCGAGUAAUUCCCGGAUUCAUGUGUCAAGGAGGGGACUUUACCCGCGGAAACGGCACUGGAGGCAAAAGCAUAUAUGGUGAAAAAUUUCCAGAUGAAAACUUUACAAAAAAGCAUACAGGACCAGGUAUCUUGUCAAUGGCCAAUGCAGGACCAAACACAAAUGGAUCACAGUUUUUUAUUUGUACAGCAAAAACUGCAUGGUAAGGUCUGCAUGGUAAGGUCAGAUAUAAACAUGAUACACACAGAACUUCAUUAG